GAGCAGCAACUAAAUAAAUCUAAAAUCUCGCGUCAGUUGCGGCUGAUGCUGAUAUCAUUUCCAUAUAUCAUCGAGUUGCUCUUUGCAUGUGGUCGGUUGUAGAAAGCGCGCGGGUUAUGCUUUCAAUCGGAAAUUAACGGAUUAAAAUGCGGGGCGUGUUUCUUGUGUGCUUUGUUGUUUUCGCCCUUUUGCUAGCGGUGGAAUCCCGGUGCCCUUCCAAGUGCAAAUGUUCCAAAAGGGCGGUGAAAUGUUUCAAGAAUCAGUUGAGCAAAGUGCCAGCCACUUCCUCUUCUACUAUCAUAUUGGAUCUAAGAUUCAACGAUAUACCCCAAAUUCCGCAAGGGAUAUUCAAGAGUAAUUCCCGCAUGUUGCACUUACUGUUGAACAACAAUCAACUAGGCUAUCUCCAAGAGGAUAGUUUUGAUGGUUUGGACCAUUUACAAAACCUCUACCUCCAUUACAACGAAAUCAAAUACAUCCACCCCCGGGCUUUUCAAGGCCUUCCGAAAUUAGAACGACUUUAUCUGCAGUACAACCAACUGGAAGAAAUUUUCCCGGUAACGUUUUCGAAUCUAGUUUCAUUGAAACGUCUCAACCUCUAUCACAACCAACUGAGGCAUUUACCGGAGGACGCUUUCGAGAACCUACCAGCCUUGGAAAGGCUCAGGUUGGACCACAAUGCUCUGGUGUGCAAUUGCGAAGUGCUCUGGUUGUCGGAGAUGUUCAACAAGAACUCCCUGGACGGAUCGGCGCAUUGCAAAUAUCCGACGGAAAUGCAAGGGAAAUCCUUGAAGGAAACCAACGCCCAAGACUUGCAUUGCUUAACAUCUCUGAUCAAAGAAGGACCGCAGGACUUGAAGAUACACUUAGGCCAAGACGCUGUGUUCACUUGCAAAGUGCACGAUCCUUCAGCGACGAUUCACUGGAUGCGCGACGACGAGGAAUUGAUACCGGAUAGAAAUAAAUACGUUAUCCUCGAAAACGGCACGCUAAUGGUGCAAAAAGCGGAAGAAAGCGACGACGGUUAUUACGAAUGCGUCGCUAAAAAUUUCGAAAAAGAAGAGAAAUCGGCGCCGGCUCGAAUGAUCGUCGAAAGAAACCUCGACGAACUCGACGACGGAACGCUGAGGUUCGUGAAGACUCCUUCGGAAUUGGUAUUGGUCUCUAUUGGCGAUUCCGAUGUUACUUUAAAUUGCGAAGCUGCAGGGAUACCGAAACCGGUCAUUAAAUGGGCCAAGAACGGCGUCCGACUUCCCCCGUCUCCGAAUUUCAUAUACCUACAAGACGGUUCGUUGCUUAUAAGAAGCGUAAAUGCCGGAGACGAAGGCAAUUACCAAUGCGAAGCUGCCAACGCCAAAGGAAAAAUAGCAGCGCACGCCGCUGUUCUUAUAAAAAUCGCUCCGGUGUUUACCGUGCAACCGGAAAACGCGAACGUCCAAAUCGGCGGCAACGCGAAACUGGAAUGCGUCGCUUCGGGCACUCCACCGCCCGAAAUCACCUGGUUCAAAAACGACCUGGAGGUGCUGCCCAACGACGCCGACGGCAGGAUACAAUUGAGCGAAGACAGGACGAUGCUGGACAUAACUAAAGUACAGGAAUCGGACGCCGGAACGUACGUUUGCGAAGCCUGGAACGAAGUCGGGAUGCGCGAGGUCAGCGCGACGGUAGACAUUCAGAAAAUCUCCUUCAAACCGGCUAAAUUGGUGUACAAACCGACGAAUAUGGAAGUGUUCGCAGGAAGCACUAUUGAAUUGCCCUGCAGAGCUACUGGUGAUCCCAAACCGGGGAUAUCGUGGCGAAAAGACGGCUCCACCAUCCAGCGAACUGGAAGAUUUAAAAUAGCUCCCAGCGGGAAUCUCUACAUGUACAAAGUCGAUCCUGGUGAUCAAGGUAGAUACGAAUGUACAGCGUUGAACGAUUACGGAAGAGAUUCUGCUUCGGGUUACGUUACGGUUACAGUUAAGAAACUCACGGAUCCGACAGGGAUCGGCAUCGGUGAUCAAUACGUUAAAAUAGCUUUCGCCGAAGCCACCGAAGAAGUCGAUCGUGCCAUUAAUAGAACGUUGGACAAUAUUAUCAACAAAAAAGGAACGCAUAAUCCUGCUGAACUUUUCAGGAUCAUAAGGUAUCCUGACGCACCUGCGAGGGAACUAGCCAGAGCAUCCGAAGUAUACGAAAGAACAUUAACCAAUAUUAGAAAGUACGUGGAGAAGGGCAACGUUACCUUAAAUCCAACGUCAGAUUUUAACUACAGGGAAAUUCUAUCAGCGGAACAUUUAGACCUCAUCGCAAGAUUAUCUGGUUGCACCUCGCACAGGCUGAUGAGAAACUGCACGAACACGUGUUUCCAUUCCAGGUACAGAACGAUCGACGGAAUAUGCAACAAUUUACAGCACCCUACGUGGGGGGCUUCUCUGACGGAAUUCAGACGCGUUUUGAAACCCGUCUACGAAGACGGGCUGGGAAAACCCGUCGGUUGGGACAAAAACAAAAAGUACUUCGGCUAUCCCAAGCCGAGUUCCAGAUUGGUAUCGAUCACCUUGAUUAGUACGAAGAAAAUCACGCCCGAUCCGGAGAUAACGCACAUGGUGAUGCAAUUCGGGCAAUUCCUCGAUCACGACAUCGACCAUUCGCUGCCUUCCGUCACGUCGGAGAGCUGGGACGGAGUGGAUUGCAAGAAAACCUGCGAUUACGCCGCGCCCUGCUAUCCCAUGGACAUCCCUCCCAACGAUCCUCGCGUCACCAACAGAAGAUGCAUCGAUUUCAUACGGACCUCGUCCAUCUGCGGCUCCGGCAUGACUUCGAUUUUCUUCGACGAAAUCCAGCCCAGAGAGCAAAUCAACCAGCUGACGGCGUACAUCGACGCCUCGCAGGUGUACGGCUACUCGGAGGAGCUGGCCAGCAAUUUGCGCGACCACAAUUCGAAUUGGGGACGGUUGCGCGAGGGCCCCGUCUUCCCGGGAAAGAAGGCCCUGCUGCCGUACGCCGAGAACCAAGGCAUGGACUGCAGGAGGAACCUCACCGAGAGCGCGCUCAAUUGCUUCGUCACCGGGGACAUUCGAGCCAACGAACAAGUCGGCCUGCUCGCCAUGCACACCUUGUGGUUACGGGAGCACAAUAGAAUAGCCAGGGAAUUGAAGACCUUCAAUCCGCAUUGGGACACCGACAGGCUUUAUUACGAGACGAGGAAAAUAGUGGGGGCGGUCAUGCAACACGUGACCUUCAAGCAUUGGUUGCCGAUAAUUCUGGGGAAGAAAGGCUACGAGAAAUUGGGCGAUUACGAACGAUACGAUCCGAAUUUGAAUCCAUCGAUUUCCAACGUUUUCGCUACGGCGGCCUUGCGUUUCGGCCACACAUUAAUCAACCCAGUGCUGCACCGUCUCGACGCCGAUUUCAAGCCGAUCAGAGAGGGGCACCUGCCGCUCUCGAAGGCGUUCUUCUCGCCGUGGAGGAUCGUCGAGGAAGGCGGCGUGGAUCCGUUGAUCAGGGGCAUGUUCACCGUCGCGGCGAAGAUCAAAAAACCCGAUGAGAAUUUGAACUCGGAGCUGACAGAGACGCUGUUCCAAGCCGCGCACGCCGUGGCUUUGGAUUUGGCCGCGAUGAACGUGCACCGGGGGCGCGAUCACGCCCUGCCCGGGUACCUGGCCUACAGGGAAUUUUGCGGCAUGGCGCCGGUGCGCAGCUUCGAUGAUCUCAAACGCGAAAUCGGCGAUGCGAACGUGCGCAGGAAACUUCAAAAAUUGUACGGGCAUCCCGGAAAUAUUGAUGUUUUCGUUGGAGGUAUCUUAGAAGACCAAAUAGACGGAGGAAAGAUAGGCCCGUUGUUCCAAUGCCUUCUGAUCGAGCAGUUCAGGCGGCUCCGAGACGGCGAUCGUUUCUUCUACGAAAAUCCGGCCGUGUUCAAGCCCGAUCAAUUGGAGCAAAUAAAACGCUUCACACUGGCGAGAAUGAUAUGCGACAACGGCGACAACAUCAACAAAAUCACCAGGGACGUGUUCAGAUUGCCGGAAUUGCAAGGCGGCUACGUCGAUUGCCACGAAAUACCGAAAAUGGAUCUCAGGAUGUGGUACGAAUGCUUCACGGAUUGCAAGUAUUUCGAGAGGACCCGGCCGGAUUGUCACGUUAACUUCAGGGAAUACGAAGAGUACAUUAGACAUCUGAAUAAAAUCCACAAAAUUAAUAAAAACAUUAGGAUUCGAAGGAGUAGCUUGACGCAGACGAAUCGAACGGUGCAGGCCAGUGACAUCACGAUGUUAAAAAAUAACGUCGGUUAACACAUUUUUUUUGCUACAAAUUGAUAAUUUUUAGUUGUUUUAUUCGUUUGUUAAAAUUAAUCGCUUUGUUUAUAAUAAAGAUAGGAUUUAUGUAUAUAAAUA